CAAACACAAUUCACUCUCGGUAAGGCAGCCCACCCAAAAUAGCUGCUUCACCAAGGCAAGGUUACAUAAUGAACCGUUGCACAAGGAGGUCCAACUUUUCGACGAAACAAGUGAGGAGGAAAUUUCCCCUCCUGUUUUUCUGAACAAGUCAGGUGAAAAUAAUCCCAUUAAAGAAACCCUGAGGAAGACCAAAAAAUUUUGCAAUUAUUUGACGAGCAAAUUGGGGAGACUUAAUAAAAAACUGCGGGAAAUAAAAAAACUGGAAACCAUUUUCUAUGCGAAUCCAAACAUAUUAACGGAAAGUCAACAAGUGAAACUAAGCAAAAAAAAACAAAUAAAAAACGAGCUUGUUUUAAUCCAUCGAUACAGGAAAAAGUACCUCGCUUACAAAAAAAACCUGACCAAAAAUGUCGACGACGUGUCCCCCUUUUUUUACGCCAAGCGGAAGACCCGCCAGAAGCGGCAGAUAAACGGAAACAUACUGGACGAUGAGAAUUACCUGAUAAACCCGCGAGAAGACAAAGUGGAAGUGUUCAACGAAGUGGUCCAAAUUCACGAAAGCCAGUA